AUGCGAACCCGUUCGCUUAACCCACGAGGAGUCUAUGUGAUUACGACCAUCGUGAUCUCGUUCCAUCCAAAGUUUGUCACAAAAGUGGAUCGGGCUUAUCGGAUUCAAUGCUUCUACAUGGAAGCAGCCAAGGACGUCUCUUCUCCGAUGAAUGUGUCUGAGAUGACGACGGCGAAUGUGGAGAGGUUCACUCAAAUGCCAAUUUGCAGAUAUGAUGUGAGCAUUUAGAU